CUUGAAAGUAAGUGGGCAUCUUUCUAGACCUGUAAGCGAGCUGGCCGCGCCAGGUGCUCUGGCCUUGUUGCCUCAUUCUCGUGGCCUCAUGAGCAUCGGGCAACGCUUCGCGGGCUUCUCUAUCUAUGUCUUCACUCUUUGUUUUCUCUGGUGUGCAGAGUUAGAAGUUGAUCAGCGCUGGCGCGUUGUUUUUUAUUUUCUGUCUCUAUCAUCUUCAUCUAUUCUCACUCAGGUUGCCUUCGAGGCUUUUUGGCCUCUAGCUUCGACUUCGUAUGUUUUGACUUGAUCAGUCGUAUUUUACAUUUCGUAGCCGUGCUUGCUUUUUGUCGUAUAUGAUUUUUCAUCGUCUACCUAUGUUUUUUCCUGGUGUCCUUGUGGACCCGCCUACUAGGUAUUUUUCCAUUAUAAUCCAUAUGUUCCAGGGCUCAGGGCUGGAGGCCCCCCCGUGGGACUUACUGAACGCCGUAGAGCUGUUUCUCGACGCGUGACGCCCACCGCGUCACGCCCAGAGCUUCGGGGGGGAUGAAGUGUCUGCCCUCCAUUUCAAGCGCCACGCAGCACGCAACAACGGGCAGGAGGUGCCUGAUUUUGAUGAAUCUAGAUUCUCGCUAACUUAUAUGAGGCCCGUGGAUCCUUGAUAGGUCCGCGGAUCCUUGAUAGAUCCGGGGAUCCUUGAUAGAUCCGGGGGAUCCUUGAUAGAUCCGCGGAUCUUCGAGCGCUCCUAGGAUCUUUCUUCGAUAGAUCCGUGGACCCUUGCUAGAUCCGUGGACCCUUGCUAGAUCCGUGGAUCCUUGAUAGAUCGGCGGAUCCUUGAUAGAUCCGCGGAUCUCAUCUUCGAUCACUCCGCGCGUCUUUCUUUGAUAGAUCCGCGGAUCCUUGAUAGAUCCGUGGGUCCUUGAUAGAUCCGUGGAUCCUUGAUAGAUCCGCGGAUCCUUGAUAGAUACGCGGAUCCUUGAUAGAUCCGUGGAUCCUUGAUAGAUCCGCGGAUCCUUGAGAGAUCCGCGGAUCCUUGGUAGAUCGUCCGUGGAUCCUUGGUAGAUCGGUGGAUCCUUGAUAGAUCCGCGGAUCUUCGAUCGCUCCGCUGAUCUUUCUUUGAUAGAUCCGUGGACCUUCGAUCGCUCCACGGAUCUGUAUUUGAUAGAUCCGUGGGUCCUUGAUAGAUCCGGGAGUCCUUGAUGGAUCUGUGGAUCCUUGGUAGCUCCGUGGAUCUUCGAUCGCUCCGCGGAUCUUUCUUUGAUAGAUCCGGGGAUCCUUGGUAGAUCCGUGAGUCCUUGAUAGAUCUGUGACUGAGUCCUUGAUAGAUCCGUGAGCCCUUGAUAGAUCCGUGAGGCCUUGAUAGAUCUGCGAGUCCUUGAUAGAUCCGUGAGUCCUUGAUAGAUCCGGCUCCGGGCGUCCUUGAUAGAUCCGGGAGUCCUUGAUAGAUCUGCGCGCCCUUGAUAGAUCCGGGGGCGGCUUCGGGGCGACGCGUGACGCGUCACGCCUCAAGCCUCACGCCUCACGCCUCACGCCUCACGCCUCACGCCUCACGCCUCACGCCUCCCACGUCACGCCUCACAUAGGGGGCGUGACGUGGGAGGCGUGACGCGUCACGCGUCACGCAUCAAGGAGAGCGACAAGAAUCGCCCUUAUAAUAGGGGGAAGUAUGCGGUGAGACUCAUUUGGACAGCCCUAUGGCGUUCGGCCCACCUUACGGGGGGGGCCUGCCAGCCCCGGCCCCUCUUUUCGAGGGGCUGCCGGGCGGGAAGGCCUCAAAGCGCCCACUUCUGACCCCUUCCCGCCUUGUUGCAUGUACCUUACAGACCUGGCAAAGGGGGCAAAGGCAGGGCCCUGCUGGCUUGUUGCAUGUACCUGACAGACCUGGCAAAGGUGGCAAAGGCAGGGCCCCGCUGCCUUGUUGCCUGUGCCCUACAGACCUGGCAAAGAAAGGGGGCAAAGGCAGGGCCCCGCUGCCUUGUUGCCUGUGCCCUACAGACCUGGCAAAGAUGGCAAGGCUGGCGCCCUCUGGCGUAUUGCUUUACCCGACAGAGCUGGCAGAGGAGGCAAGGCGGGACCCCGCUGCCUUGUUGCCUGUACCCUACAGACCUGGCAAAGAUGGCAAGGCUGGCGCCCUCUGGCGUGUUGCGGUACCCGACAGAGCUGGCAGAGGAGGCACGGCGGGACCCACCCCCUUUGCGUGCUGCAUGUGGCCAACCAUACAGACUGCGCAAAGUUGGCCAGGCUGGACCCCUCUGGCGUGGUCUACCACAGACCCAUCCACAGGGGGGGGGGGCCUCCCUCCCUGGUGCAUAUACAUAUACUGAAUAGAGAUUACAGUCGUUUGCUGGUAGUAUAUCGAUUUUGUAGGGGGGGGAAAGUCGUUCUAUAUAACCGAUCUAACUUUUUGAAGGGGGGGGCCUCCCCGCCCCAGCCCCUCUUUUCGAGGGGCUGCCGGGGGGGAAGGCCUCAAAGCGCCCACUUCUGACCCCUUCCCGCUUCUUGCAUGUACGCGACAGACCUGGCAAAGGUGGCAAAGGCUGGGCCCUCUUUUCGUGUUGCGUGACCUGGCAAAGGUGGCAAGGCAGGCUGGGCCCCUCUGGCGUGUUGCAUGUGCCCAACCCUACGCCAAGGGGGUGGGUUCCCGCCUUUGCCCCCUUUGCCAGGUCUGUAGGGUACAUGCAACAAGGCAGCGGGGCCCGGCCUUUGCCACCUUUGCCAGGUCUGUAGGGUACACGCAACAAGGCAGCGGGGCCCUGCCUUUGCCCCCUUUGCCAGGUCUGUAGGGUACACGCAACAAGGCAGCGGGGCCCUGCCUUUGCCCCCUUUGCCAGGUCUGUGGAUACAUGCAACAAGGCAGCGGGGCCCUGCCUUUGCCACCUUUGCCAGGUCUGUCGGGUACAUGCAACAAGCCAGCGGGGCCCUGCCUUUGCCACCUUUGCCAGGUCUGUAGGGUACAGGCAAGAAGCGGGAAGGGGUCAGAAGUGGGCGCUUCGAGGCCUUCCCGCCCGGCAGCCCCUCGACAGGCCUGGCCAAUAAGGUGGCCAGGCUGGACCCCUCUGGCGUGGUCCACCCCAGAUCCAUCCACAGGGGGGGGGGGGCCUCCCUCCCUGGUGCAUAUAAAUAUAUAUAGAUAUAUAUUAACCCUGAUUCACAUGUUGGCUGUGGCGGAUGCAGUUCUGCGCAUCUUAGAAUACGCUCCUCCUGAAUACACAUAGAUACAUACUGUUUCUGACUGUGCGGCACGUCACUUAUGCUUGUAGACCUAGCCAAUGCUGGUGAAUGUCGUGUCACCUUCGUUGCUCUUGGUCCCUUCGUGUGAUGGAUCGCGGUCGUCCCUAUAGUUUUUUUAUGUGUGUUGUUGCUGUCGGUGUCGCCCUUUCUUUGAAUGAGCUGGCGAGAUUUGGUAAUAAUUCUGCUGCUGGUUUAGGUAGAAUUGCUAGGCUUCCUUUUUUUCAGCAGCGGAUGGAGAUGUUGCGAUCUGUGUGGCUGUGGCAUGCGAUAUUCAAUAGCUUAGUUUUUCGCUUCGUUUCAAAGUCACUCACACUCCUUAGCAUGAUUAUGUAGUUAACCAUAGCCUCAUGUAAUUAGCUACUCAUACUUCAAUUGAGCUGAAGCUUGACGAAGUUUUUCAGAUACACAUGCGCCAUCAACUGCCCUGUACCGAUGUGAGAAGCAAGCAAAACCAGGGAGGAAAAGAGCAGAGGAGAAGAACAAACAUAACGACGCCGGUGCCUUGUCUAUCCAGCUGCGACUGUGGAAGCCGUCCCGCGUCCGUCUUUUCGCCUGCGUGCGCGGCGUAAUCAUCGACCAACUCUUCUUGAGCACAAACACCGUCCAGCAGGAGAGGAAAGACGGCGCGUCAGCUUCGACACAACUGCAUGCCAGAAGAGAUAUACUAGCAUCUGAAGCACCUUGACGGACAGGGCAGCCCAACACCGUGCACGCCCGGACCCCUUUCACGGGCGGGCUUUUUUCCCUUCCUUAGCUUUUCUUCAGCGUGGGGCUUGUGCUUUGAGUCGGUCUGUUUGUGUUCUGUCUUAAGUAUCAGUUUCUUCGGCUUCAUCGCCCGCAAACAAUCUCCCGUAGCACAUCAAGGUCGUACGUCAGACGCAAUGGAGCUGCCAGCUACUUGGGAGGAGAGCUGUGACCGCGGCCAGCGAGGGAGGCAUGAUGAUAGUGUGGCCACUGGUGGCAUUGUCAGCUUGAAGGACAUUAUCGAAAAAGAAUUCGCGGAGGCUGUGGAAUCUCUUGGUGCGUCAGUCAGAGGUGCCCGGCAGUUUUUCCGGAGUUCUUGCGACCGCUUGCAAAUUCCUCGCCGGAAGGGUGAGACGGCCACUGGCACAGGUAUAGUUGGCAUCUCAUCGCCGGGCGCUUCUGUGUGGUUCAUUAGCUUCCGUCGAGAUGUGGUAGGGCUACAAUCAGUGAAGCUUCUCUCCUCAAUUUUUGUCUUGUGAAUUAUAUUUCACUUUCAGUCCCCGGUAGCCCUAAUUUUUUUAAUUUGAUGGGACGGAAGUGCUCGGGCUUGCAUAUUCCAUUUGCCCCACGGUCACAGCAAGCUGAUGAAGCAGUGAAAAGGAAAAACAAACCGAUCAGGUGUUGGCGGCCAGCGCUGGGAAUGGGAAGCGCGUGCGAUAGGAGUUGGCGGCCUCGAUCAAGUCCGGGCUGCGGUUUUCCAGUACCUCAAAAGCUGCGGUAACGGGAACGGCCAAGCCGCAGGAAAAAAGCGGAGGCGCAGCGACAACGAAAAGCCCCAGAGGCCGGACCAGAAUCGAAAAAGGCGAAAGUCUAGCGCCCCGCGAGCAUCGGGUGGCGCGGCGUCUUCGGGGGGAGAGUCUUCAUCUUAUGGCGGCUUGUCGGCGCGGUCGUGCCCAGCUUCAGCCCCCGCGCAGUCAGCAGGCGGAGAGCGUAAACCCCAGCAAGACCAGCCUGCGCUGCGUCCAGAGAACGCCAGGGCGCGCCAGGGUGUGGGGCAGAUGCAUCUUCGUGCAAGCCGCAAGCUGAAGCCCGAAAAGGGCCCAGCGCACAGCCCCACAGGCGACCAGGUCGAUCUGACGCGUGACCAUGAGGAGCGGAUGAAGCGUGCUCGGCUUCAUCGGUAUCACUCGUUCUAGCUCUACUGCGUGGCGCAGUUUCUUUUUCUUUUCCGCUGAUUUUUGGAGAAUACAAAACGACUUUCUUCCUUGUAGUUGUUCUUUCUCUUUUUUAUCUUGCUAACCUCCUGGUCUUUCUAGGGCAUUCUUUCACUUUCUGCGUUUUUUCCUCUCUUCAAAUUUUCAGUGUGAAUCCGGACCUGCGGGACAAGUGUCAAAAAUUGACGAGCCAGGAACUGAAGAAGGCCGAAGUAGAGGCUCGUGGAAUAUGGAAGAAUCGUGGGCACUACCAGCCGAGACCCUUUGAGGAGAUAAUCCCGCUGCCGUCGUCUGUUACCCUCAUGCCCAGGCGCAACGCGGUCGCGCCCGCGCCGCAGGGGGAAGUACUACGCUUUGAGCGAUUUGCUGAGGGAUACUGUGACACUAUAUUUCUUUCUAACAGCCACCACUGAACGCAAAGGCUAAGGCGUUAGGCCGUCUGGACUCUGCUAGCUUAGACAUUAGGUAGGUAGUGUUGGAUUUAUUGUGUUGCUUAGCGAUGAUCUUUGCUUGUUGCAGUUUUCCUUUUUGUUUUUUCGUGUGUUUUCAGGACAACGGCCAGCUUUGGCGGCGUCUCGUGAUUGCCCAUGAGCCAGGCCUUUUGAACAACAAGGGAAUCGCGACCACCUCUCAAGGCUGCACACGUUUGGGCCAGGGCACAUGGGGCACUGUGUUCAAAGCGCUAGCGUGUACUCAAGAGGCGCUUCAGCAUCUACCCACCAGCUGGAGCGUAAGCAAUUGCCUUAAAAGCAACGCGGCGCAAGGUUAAGACUGAAGCAAGAGCGUUCAUCUCUGAGUGCAUCAUUCUGGUUCUAAAGUAUAAGAUAACUUGACUUCCCUCAGAUUUAUUGGAAUGAUUGUCUUCUCCAGAGUCAGAGUUGAAUGAUUAUGGAGAGGUCUAAAAUCUAGGGACCCUGGGGGGAGAAGAGCAGCUCCUCGAUAGUAAGGGAGAAAGAUGA